GUACUUAGCCUGUAUUUCUAGUGUAUGCUGUUUGCAGAGACGCUAUUUUCACAGUAUUCGGCUUCAGUAUCAGAUUUUAUGAAGACUUUAAUUUUACUGUCAUCAGCACUGGCUGCAAAAUAUUUCUGCUUAGCGACCAGUUCUUGAUUUUGGUUUCCAGUGAUGUUUCCAGCAAAUGUGCACUCCAUCUUGGAUUUAACAAAGACUGGAAAUUCCAAAACAUGUCAAUAUUGUACUCCAAGGAUUAGUUUCCAGAGAUACAUUUUGUAAAUUAUGUAUCGGCACCUGCCACAGAAUAGUUUCUGCAGUUUAGAAGAAAAGGAAAAUCUUCUUUCACUGUCUCGAAAUGCCAAGACUGGAAAUAACAGAAGCUUCAAAAACCAUGGACUGUGAAAUUAAGCUGCUCAGAGGCAUCAUGCCAAAGCAAAGUUGCAUCUUUGAUUUUCUGCCUGAGGACGUAGGACUGCAUGGACUUCAUAAUGUUACUGUUGCUCAGUGACUGCUGCAAUAAAACUGUCACAAAUUCUAAGCACCCUAAACUGUUUUCAGGAACAGAAUUCAAAUGAGGUCAUUUGGAAUCUGAUAGUUUCCUCUGCCAGCUCUGAGGCUUUUACUCUUUCCAUUAUGCAACUGAAACAAUAUUGGGUUGUAUUUGAAAGAACCUAAUGCCUUUAUAGGCAAUAUUUUUUAAAUUGCACAAUUUCUGUUACGUGUUAUCAAAAAAUAUAUUUUUGGAGUGAUAAAGUGUGCAGAAUUGAACGUGAAAUCACGGUCUUUCAUUUUAAAAUAAAGCUAUUUUAAUAUAAUUACCUUAUAAAUAUGGAAAAGCUGUCCACAUGUGGCUCAGUUGCUUUUGCAUUUUUAUAGUAUUUCAUUGUAUUGCAAAUGGACUACCACACUACCUUUAUACGAUUCCAACAGCCUUCCUCUAAUUUGUAUCCUUACCUAUGUUCUAAUGAGCUCAGUUCUUCUUCUCUAUAUAAGAAAUGAUUAAUCUUGGAGUUUACCACAGUUGGAUAAAAUGAACAGAACAUUCUUUAGCUGAGUGAAGUGCUGUGAUUGACCUCGGAUUCCAAUCCCUUUUUAUUCACCAUUUGAUGGUGUGACUUCAUAGUGAUUCUCAGUCUCUGUGGCUGCAGAAGCACUUCAGAAGUCCACUAGUCCAGUAGAAUUUUGCCAUUGUGCAGGUAGCUGGCAUCCCAUGGAGAUGAUGUUAGUUGCUAAUCCAUACAAUUAAGACCUAUUUACCAUGCCUAGAAGAGGCUUGACCCUGCAGGGCCGAAUGCGCUGGCUGCUAAUGGGGAUUGUUCUCCUGUUCAGCCUGAUGCUGCUCACCUAUUUUCUGGAAUGCGCCCCCCCUCCAGAUGUCAGCUCAGCCCUGCCAGGUCUCGGGGCCGAGCCCUAUGGCAAAGAGUACUACCAGGCCUUGCUUCAGGAACAAGAGGAGCGCCAUCUCAAUAGAGCAGCCAGUCUCAAGAGGCAGAUCGCUCAGCUGAAGCAGGAGCUCCAGGAAAUGAGCGAGAAGCUUAAGUCCCUGCAGGAUAAGAAAGGCACAGGGGGCCAAGGCCACACAGGGAACAAAGACCAGGAGCCCAAUGACCUCCUGGAAUACCUCCACUCACAGAUUGACAAGGCCGAGGUUAGCACGGGAGCCAGACUGCCCAGCGAGUAUGCUGCUAUCCCCUUCGAGAGCUUCACUGCCACCAAGGUCUACCAGCUGGAGAUGGGCUUGACCAGGCACCCGGAGGAGAAACCAGUGCGCAAGGACCGUCGGGACGAACUGCAGGAGGUCAUCGAGGCGGGCCUUGAGGUCAUCAACAACCCGGAUGAGGAAGAUGGACAGGAAGAAGAUGGCAUGCCUGUGCAGAAGCAAGCCUACACAGAAAGUGACUUUGUAGAAGGGCUUUACCGCACAGAGCGAGAUAAGGGCACGCUGUAUGAGCUGUUCUAUCGGAAGGAAGACGCUGAUGAUUUCCGACACGUUACCUUGUUUCGUCCUUUCGGCCCUCUGAUGAAAGUGAGAAGUACUUCCAUAGAAGCUGCCAGCAGCAUUAUUAAUAUCAUUGUACCACUGUCUGGGAGAGCAGAAGCCUUCUCUCAGUUUCUACACAACUUUAGAGAGGUGUGUAUGCAGCAUGACAGACAGGUCCAUCUCACCGUGGUGUAUUUUGGGCAGGAAGGCCUGCUGGAAGUGAAAACUGUCUUGGAAAAAGUAGCCAGGGAAGAAAAUUUCUCCAACUAUACUCUAAUCCCUGUGAAUGAGGAGUUCUCACGGGGAAGAGGGCUGGAUAUAGGAGCCCAUGCUUGGAAGAAGGGCGACGUUCUCAUGUUCUUCUGUGAUGUUGAUAUUUAUUUUACAUUGGAGUUUCUUAACACCUGCCGCCUUAACACAUAUCCAAACAAAAGAGUCUUUUAUCCAGUUGUGUUCAGUUUGUACAAUCCUGCCAUUGUAUAUGGAAAUCUUGAGCUGUCUCCUCCAGUUGAACAGCAACUUGUUCAUAAAAAAGAUGCUGGCUUCUGGAGGGAUUUUGGUUUUGGAAUGACUUGUCAGUAUCGUUCUGACUUUCUCAACAUUGGAGGCUUUGACCUGGAAGUGAAAGGCUGGGGUGUCGAGGAUGUUCAUUUAUAUAGGAAGUACCUGCGCAGUGACCUCAUCGUGGUGCGCACUCCAGUGUCUGGGCUGUUCCACUUAUGGCAUGAGAAGCAGUGUGCUGAUGAGCUGACACCAGAGCAGUACCGCAUGUGCAUUCAGUCCAAGGCCAUGAAUGAAGCCUCUCACUCUCACCUGGGAAUGCUGGUGUUCCGGGAAGAGAUUGAAUCCCAUCUCCGUAAGCAAGCCUUUCAAACCCACAGCAAACCAGCUGAUUGAAGGACCACGGACACAGUCAAGAGUCCCAGCUGUCACACAUGUACCGUGAAGAUUUGGAAGACGAAUAUGUUCUACAGUCCCUUCUUGACUCAGCUUUUCGUGAAGCCUUCCCAUGAAAUAUAGAAAAUUUAUCAGGCCAGACCAAAUCCUGGUCACAUUUGGCUGCUUGUUCUCUACUGAAAGAAAUACUGGAUCGGGCACCAAACUCAAAAACAGAAACUGACUUACAUUUCCAGUCACUUUGGGAUUUUAAGGGCAUUGGCUACAGACAGUAGUGGAAAAAAAGCAUUAGUAAAAAACAGUUUUGUAAAACAGCAGUGCUAGCAUUUUAAGUCUCUUUCCAAUGAUCUAAAGUGAUGUGGCCAGUUGAUCCUCGAAAUUAAGUAAGGCCUGCUUCGUAUUUGAGACACUGCUGUGUAAAAUCAGGUACUGUAAGAAAGGUUCCUGGAGGACCAGUAGGCAACAGUGUAGCAUGGAUGAAGGAAGUAUUAUACGUCAUGCUUUUGUAAGAACAGUAAUUAUAUUCUGAAUUCCAGCAGUGUAUUUGGUUUUAGGCUAACACAUUGUGCUGUGACCACAGUUUAAAAUAGCUGGAAGAACGUAUAAAUUAAGAUUCACACAGCCCUCUACUGCACUUCUCAGUGAUCUUAGAUUAUGCAGAUUUGUGGCAAUGAGGGACAGAAUGGCUUCAGUGAUCCACUCCUCUGAAAGAUCCUUAAGUGCUUGAUUAGUUGUGUGACGUAAUCGGUGUCAGAGACCCGUCACAGGGUCGUUACUUGUAAGUGUUGCAGUACAAAAUGAACUAUCGGUAACUGCUCCACAGCUGAAACAGUAGUUCACAAUGAAUCCACUAUUGGGCACUCAUCAAUUUCUGGAGAAUUCCAGUCAAGGGGCUUCAACAGAUCUAGUUUUCUAACAGUUUGAUUUUGAUCAGUUAAACAGGAGUUUUGUUAAAGUAAAUAACUUAGGGAUAAUUUUGAACAAAUCUCUCAGCCCCAUGACUGCAGCAUUUCCAUUGUGAAGCCUGAUCUCGUCAGAUGUCAAGCUAAGUGAGGCAGGGCCUAGUCUGUACUGUAAAUACUGUAAAGGGAAGACCAGUAGGUGGCACUGUGGACCAGAAUUUCAAAAUUAAUGCUCCAGUAUGGUGACAGUGAACUCUAUUGUCAACAAUGCUGAGGCUGUGCACUUGCCUCGAUUGAUCUUAAACUCACAUUUAAUUCAACUGGUGAACAUGUUUUUUACAUCUCCACCUGGUGUGCUGUGUUAGUGGGGCUACAAAUGCAUAAUGUCUUCUGCGUUUCACCCAGUAAGUGCUGCACUUCAAUGUGGAGGAUUUUGAAGGAUUUUGGGAUCCUUAGGGGUUAAAAUCUAGGAAGUAUUAUUGCCUUUCAGCCACCAAGGACAAAAUGUGACUGAUCUUCUGAAUUGUACAAUACAAAGCAGGGCUCUCCAGGGCCAGGUUUGUAGAACCCUGGCUUAAACCAAUACUGAUCCUCAGAUUUGAGUUUUCCACCCAGUUAAAAUAGUGUAAUUUGCAUUUAAAAUGUUUUUUUUUACAUUUUAUAAAACUAUUUAUAAAAUAUAAAUAGUUUUUAACUAUUCCAGAUAAACAGGGAUGUUUGGACCAAGUCAGAUAUUAAAAAUAAUGAAUUGUUGUCUUUCAUUUUUUAUUACAACUGUGUAUGUUAAUACUGUAGAUACCUGCUAAUGAUAUUGAAAUUAGCAGAAUUACCAUUGCUAUUAUUGUUUUCGCAACAUACCUGAAGAAAAAUUUGUUCCAUUUCAUCUGUGAGCUAGCUGAAAUUGUGGCUUUGCUUUUACAACAUUUUUUUGCUUAUAAGUGCAUUCCUUUUUUGAAUACACUCACAAAAACAAGCAUUUACUGUUAGUAUCUUGUCAAGGUUAUAAUAUGGAAAAUGAACAGAAUGAAAAUACUUUAAAAAUUGUGGGCUGAACUGAAGGCUAUUUAGCACUGUGUUGAAUAAUCAACAUAAAUUUCAGUGAUCUUGAUUGAGUUGAUAAAGAUUAAAUCAUUUACUGCAACUACAUUUGAGAGCAGUUCCUAUAAACAAUCAGGGGUAUAAUUCAUUGUAUCUUCCCUUGUUUCUUAAUCUUUUCUCCAGUAUCUCAACAAAUCUGAGGAAAUCAUGAAGUAAAUGAUUGUGAAUGGUAACUCCAAACUGGGUUCUUUAAAAUUGGACAGUGUCUCAUUCACAUUGCUUGUUGCUUUUUAACUUUUAGCAGUUUCUUUUUACUAUUUCUUAUUUUUACAAGAAAAUUGUUUAUAACAUCUUUUAAUACUGUGGCCAAGAGAUUUAUUCAAAAUUACUAGAAAGUUGUUAAGGUAUGUACAGUAUUUCAGUGUUACUUGAUGGCACACUUUCUACUGUACAGUAUAUAAAAAUGAAAAUAGGUUACCUUGGUUUGUAGGUGCUAAGUUUAAAUAUAGGGAUGAUGGAAUAUUAUGCACACCAUGUUUAAAAAUACUACUACCACACUUUAUCCUCAAUAAAAUACCUGGUAUUUCCCUUUGCUUGGAUUUACAGAUAAUGUUUUUCAACUAAUGCUGCAGUUUGUGUUAUAAGCUGAGCUGAAAAUACCAGCAAAUUUCUUACCUUUUCUGUACCCCAGUUUGAAAUUACCAUUUUCUUUUCAAUGUGAGAUGCCACUGUACUGUACUUCCACUUCAGUAAUUCAUAUAGAGGCAUGUUUUUAUAAAACAAACAGAACAGAACUUUUUUCUUUGUGGUGUAGCAUUUUGUUUUCCAUUUACAAACAUUUUGUAAUUUAUCUUUCUUUUUUCUGAAAAAAGAUUUUAUGAUAUACAUGGUCCAGUUUAAGUGUCAUACAUACAUCUUUAGAUUUUGCUCAAGACUGAAAAGCUUGUUCAGUGGGUGUAGUUGGAAAUUAUUUUACCGUUUGCAGACGAAAAUAAUUUUGCAUUUGUUUUUCAAACAAAAACCCACACAGUCAUCUUUUUAAAAGAGGAUGCAAAUCUUACAGCCCUCGUAACCAAUUUUUAUUUUGUGGAACCGUUUAAUUAAAUUAGUUAAUUAAACAUGUUAUAUGCCGACUUUUGUUAGGUCAGUUUCCUAAAGAUGGGGAACUUACCCCAAAAGGGAAGGUUUUAAGAUGUAUGUGAAACACCACAAGAAAACAGAAAGUGUGCGUACAUGCAGUAUGUACUGUGUGGUUCAGUCUGUCCUCUUUAAGGACUGCAUGUUGCAAAGAAUGCUUUGCUUAUUUUUUCCAUUUCAGAAUUCUUAAAAGCACUACCUUAGGAUAAACAAAAGGGAAUACAAAUCAGUAGUGGCUUGUUUUUUAAUUAGUAUUGUGAUUUGUUUUGCUUUGCUGCAAGGAAGUAAAGAUAAAAAUCAAUGUGAAUUUUUUCAGUAAUUUUAUUUUAGAUUAGACAGCUGACUGUAUUCUCUCUGAAGUGGAUUCAUUUUUUCCCCACUUACAGUAGGUGUUGCCACAUCCAAUAUGAUAAUCUCAGGGUGGUCCUCUUAUAUUCUUGCCUAUUCAGGAAAAAAAGGGAUUUCCCAGUCUCCUCUUGUUGCCUAAAAGGGAAUUGAAGCCAAACUGUGCCAUUUGCUUCUUCUUAAAAAAGUGCCACUUUUCCAGAAAAGAAAUGUCAAUACAGGACACACUAGAGAAAACAUUAAGACUUCCUUCUGUUGUUAGAACUAAGUAGCUUUGGAAACUUGUUUAAAGAAAGGUAUUCCCACAGAACACAAGGAGCUACUGUAUAUUCUGUGGUGAAUGUUUACCUUAAAGGAAUCUUAAAAUAAAUAUGCACCUACUAUUUUUUCCUGUCACAAAGUGGAAGCUCUGCUAAAGAUGCAUUCUUUUUUUUAUGUUGCGAUCAUUCAGUAAUCAUGAUCUUUAAAAGGUCUUUGUGCUAUAAUUACAUUUUAUAACAUUACUAUUGCAGCAUGUCAAUGGAAUAGUCUUUCAGAGUUUACAAUAUACAAAUAGUGUACAGUAUAUCAGCAGAAAUGCAAUAAAGGUUAGAGUAGUGCAAACACCGUUAAUAUCGUACUUACUGAACUCCUGAGAUAUCUUGAAAGCAAAUGGCUGAAUUUAAUUUUUUAUGUAGUUUUUUUAGUAGUUAUGUUUUGAAUAAAAGUGUAACAUUGCUCCAAAAAUGUUGUUUUGACUUUUAUUGCUUUCACUGAAGAUAUUGAAGAAUUGUCCUUAUUUUUUUCUUGAGUGUAUCACUGAUUUCAUUUUGAGGUGUUUUUCAUUAUUUUUGGGGCAUCAAGGUUACUCCUUUUUUUUUGCAUUUUCAAAGUUGUAAAUGUACGUUUGAAACUGCAGAGAAAAUGAGUAACCUUGAUGCCCUACUGGAAGAUGCAAGUCUAAAACAAUUAAAUGAAGAAAAAAUGUUAAGUCAAUCCUCGAGGAUUACAGUACUUUAUGACUUUCAUUCUCAGUUGUAUAAAGUUUAAAUUAAUCUUACAGCAAUGCCCAGAAUCCUGUAUAGAUAUAGUAGCUUUAAAUCACAAUGAACUAUUGGAUAUAAUUGUAUUUCCCUGCUACUGUCCUGGGAAACCACUGUGUCAUUGUUUUUAAUUUCAGCUAAGCUCUGAUGUGGUGUAAAAAAGAGUUGUAAAAAGAGUAAACUUGCUUCUGUGCUCAUUCCCGAGAUUCAAAACUACCCAACUUCAGCUGUCCCUGCUCUUGAGUUAUAAUGAAUGCUGUGUGAUCAACAGGUAAAAGUGUGCAAUGGCUGUUUUUCUAUAAUUGGUUUAGAAGACAGAUGUCUCUAGGCUUUCUUUUCAUGUACUCAUGUAAUCAGUUUCCAGUGUAAGUAUGUUAAUAAAAUCACCAAGGUACAAUGUUUAUAAUACCAUAGAAA